AGCCCUGCCUGCCCAGCCCUCUCCAGGCACCUCUCCGGGCUCCCUCUCCAGCCGGGCUGUCCCGUUCUCGGGCCUCUGCUCUCAGCGUCGGGGCCACACGCCGACUGGACUGUGAGGAGCUCGGGCAGUGCCGGGCCGACUUUGCUGUGAGUGGCCAGGGGCCGAGGGUCCAGCGCUGGCAGCGGCAGCCAUGGUGCAGAACGUGGACAACAUGGACUUCCACCUGCCGUCGCACGCCCAGGACAUGCUGGCCGGCCUGCAGCGCCUGCGCUCCCAGCCCAAGCUGGCCGACGUCACGCUGCUGGUGGGCGGCCAGGAGCUGCCCUGCCACCGCGGCCUGCUGGCGCUCAGCAGCCCCUACUUCCACGCCAUGUUCGCGGGCAACUUUGCCGAGAGCUUCUCGGCGCGCGUGGAGCUGCGGGACGUGGAGCCGGCCACGGUGGUGCAGCUGCUGGACUUCGUGUACACGGGCCGGCUGACCGUCACCCAGGACAACGUGGAGGCCCUGACGCGCACGGCCGCGCGCCUCCACUUCCCUGCUGUGCAGAAGGUCUGCGGCCGCUACCUGCAGCAGCAGCUGGACGCCACCAACUGCCUGGGCAUCUGCGAGUUUGGGGAGCAGCAGGGGCUGCUGGGCGUGGCGGCCAAGGCCUGGGCCUUCCUGCGGGAGAACUUCGAGGCGGUGGCCCACGAGGACGAGUUCCUGCAGCUGCCCCGGGAGUGGCUGGCCACCUGCCUGGCCAGCGACCUGUUGCAGGUGCAGCCGGAGCAGAGCCGGCUCGAGGCGCUGCUGCGCUGGGUGCACCAUGACCCCCAGGCCCGGGCCGCCCACCUGCCCGAGCUGCUGGGCCUGGUGCACCUGGAUGCCCUGCCCGGGCCCUGCCUGCAGCAGCUGAUGGCCACCGAGCCGCUGAUCCGGGACUCAGAGGCGUGCCGGGCAGCGCUGUCCCGGGGCCUCGGCGGGGUGCUGCUGGGCCUGCCACGGAGGCUGGAGGAGGUGCUGGUGGUGGUGGGCGGGCGGGCGCUGGAGGAGGGUGAGGAGGGUGCCGAGGAGCCCACGCCCCACUCCGCAAACUUCACCUUCUACAACACCAAGGCCGAGAGGUGGAUGGCGCUCCCAGACUUCCCCGACUACCACAAGUGGGGCUUCUCCCUGGCGGCGCUCUACAACGACAUCUACGUCACAGGCGGCUCCCGGGGCUCCAAGACGGACACCUGGUCGACCACGCAGGCCUGGUGCUUCCCAGUGAAGGAGGCGGCCUGGAGGCCCGUGGCGCCCAUGCAGAGGGCCCGCACCAACCACGCCAGCGUGGCCCUCAACGGAGAGAUUUACGCCAUCGGAGGCACCACUCUCGACGUGGUGGAGGUGGAGAGCUACGACCCCUUCACGGACAGCUGGACACCCGUCAGCCCGGCCCUCAAGUAUGUCAGCAACUUCUCGGCCGCGGGCUGCAGGGGCAGGCUCUACCUGGUGGGCUCCAGCGCCUGCAAGUACAACGCGCUCGCCCUGCAGUGCUACAGCCCGGUCCCAGACGCCUGGAGUGUCAUCACGUCACCCUUCCUCCCCAAGUACCUGUCCUCGCCGCGCUGCGCUGCGCUGCACGGGACCCUCUACCUCGUCGGGGACAACACCAAGAAGGUUUACACGUACGACCCCGGGGCCAACCUGUGGCGGAAGGUGCAGCCCCUGCACAGCCUGCACGAGAACGGGGCGCUGGUGCCGCUGGGCGCCGCGCUGUACGCCACGGGCGGCCGCUGGCAGGGCAUGGACGGCGACUACCGCGUGGAGAUGGAGGCCUACGACCGCGCCCGCGACGUGUGGACGCGCCGCGGCGCCCUGCCCCGCCUCUGGCUCUACCACGGCGCCUCGGCCGUCUUCCUGGACGUCUCCAAGUGGACGCAGCCGUUCGGAGCCCCCCAGGAGCCCUGACCGGGAAGGUGGGAGGGGGGUGAGGAAGGGGCCUGGGGGCGCCCCGGAGCUGCUCCCGCACCACGCCCGGAGGAGGGCUAGCUGAGCCCUGCCCUGGGGGGACGCCCCGUUUUUGUUUUGCUUGUUUGUUCCCCUGGAGCUGCCACCCACCCCCAGGGCUGGCGCCGGCCCCAGAUACCCAGAGAACACGGCCUUGGGCCCUGGAGGCGCCUCCUGGGACUCUGGACUGACUGGAAACCUGCACAGUGAUGGGGAGAGGCCUCCUGCCCCCCUCCACGCACCCACCACCACCACCAUCACCACCGGUCCUGAGAUUUCAGAGAAAGGGGCGAGGGGCGCGGGGAAGCUUUCUGGAAGCUCCCCCGGGCUGUCCCACUGUUAGCUGCGCCAGUUCCAGGUCUCACUGGUGGCUUCCAGAGGAGUUGCACAAAUAAGGGGUGACCACGUAGCCGCCCAGGAAGCUGAGGCUGUAGGGGAGGGUGGUCAGGGACGGGGGCUGGGGGCCCCAUUCUGCGAGGAUAAGCUGUGCAGCGGUGGCCGGCAGCCUCCCCUCUCUGGGCCUCAGGCUCCUGGUCCACACCCAGGGGGCCCCCACAGGCUCUCACUCCCCCUGCCCCAGCUGGCUGGCUGGCUUUGCAUUUCCCAAGGCUGCUUCUGGGUGCGCAGGAGGCCCUCUCCCAGCUCUCCAUGGGUCACCCCCUGGAAGAGCACCCUACCAGGAAGGAAGGGGCUAGAGCCUGGGGGCAAGUGGGGAGGGACCCUCUGGCUGGAGUGGGGAUCCCAGGGAAGGGAACUCUGGCCAGGAUCUCCCUGUUCCUUGGGCCCUUCAUUCAGAAUGCAGUUCCCCCCCAGGGGGGGGCCACUCAGAAGGUUCUGCAGGGAGUUCCUGGGUGGCUCUCCUGCACGCUGGGGGCUGGCUCCCAGGCGGCCCCCCGAGAGAGGGUGGUGUCUGAUGGGCUCCUUCUGCCAGCUCACACCAUGGUGCGUGGUGAAUCAGGCAUGCUCUGGAGCCCCCCGAGUCUCUGGCUGGGGCCCCACACAGAAUGGGGGCAGCCUCCCGGCUCCUUGUCACUCAUCCUGAACAAGACAGUGUUGGUAUCCAAGGAGACCACAGGGGUGCUCCCUGGGUGCUGAAGUGGUGCUCCCCUUCGCUCCAGGGCUCCGUCAGAAGGCAGCCGGGCAGCUCAGGAGCCCUGGGUCCCAAAGGGCCCAGGUGGAGCCGGGACCUCCUGGGUUCUUGCUCCCUGAGGAACAACAGCCCCAGGGACCCAAAAAAAUCUAGGUCAGCUGGUGGGUUGGGUGAAAACCAGCACAAGGGUUUCUGGGAUCCAUGAACCUUUUUCUGGAUAAAAAUCUUCUGAAAUGUUUUCUAGGCAAUUACUGAAGAUGAAA